AAAAAAUKUAAGGAUUCGGUUAAAAUCGGGUUAAUUCAUUUGAAAGUAUAUGGAGACCAUCUAAACAAAAUUCACAAAUCUGAAGGAACUGUGACAAUUUCUUCGAUCUUUAUAUGUUAUCUUAUAWUGAUUCUAAAAACAACCAAGACACAGCAAAUUCAGCAAAGGUGGGUCUCUUCUUCAUGUUGGCUCGUCCUCCAUGCCCCUCUCCUCCUCCAACUCCUGAGACCUACCUUGGAGUGCAUCACGUGGUCUUAGUUCGUACAAAUAACUCGCAGUAGAGUUUUCCAGUAGAGAACGAAUCGGAGCUCUGUUAUAUCAGCAAUUAUCAGCGACAGUAACUAUCUUCAGAUACUAAGAAUAGGAGAGAGACACUUGGACCAUCCGGGAAGUAAGGAAUUGCUUUUUCUCGUAAACUUUUACUCGCAAAGACAUUUUGGACAUCUUUGUGGGAGCCUCAGUCACUUUCGUUGGGUCUAUCUGAGUGAAGUUUGCCCACAGCGCUGCUCAAGCUGCUCCUCUGAAAAACAGACUUUAUCACCCGACCGUCCUUAUCUGGAGUGGAUUUGUUAAUUAUCCGGCGACUGGAUAACGAAAAACCGCCGACGAYUYGCCGAAGUGUCUUUACGUGACCCGYUUUGUCCCAGGAGUCAGUACCCAUAUUCUUCCAAAUAGGACGAAUAUACGGUGUCAGAAUGUACCAAAGCAUUGCUUUGUCAUCCAACCAGUCCCCAUAUGCACACGAUGCAGGGAAYUAUAUGCACCCUUCAGCGAGUUCCCCCGUGUACGUGCCCACUACGAGGGUGCCUGCUAUGCUGCAAACCCUGCCGUACUUGCAGACAUGCGAGUCCACCCAUCAGUCCCAUGGCCUCGGCGGGCAUCAUGGCUGGCCUCAGACUGGCGCAGACAGUUCGUCCUUCAACCCGGGCAGCCCCCAUCCACUCCCCGGGUUCUCCUACUCUCACAGCCCGCCAGUAAGCAGCAAUACAGGCAGGGACACAACCUACCAAAACCCGCUUGUGCUCAGUAACGGUGGUCGAGCCGACCAGUAUGGCAGCGCUUUGGUACGGUCUGUUGGAGGAUCGUACUCGAGUCCCUACGCGUACAUGAGCCCUGAGAUGGCAACCUCUUGGACACCAGGCCACUUUGAGAGCGGCAUGAUCAGUCUUCAGGGACGGCAAGGUUGCCUGUCUGGGAGAAGGUCCAGUUUUGACAUGUUGGAGGAGUUCCCGGGAGAGGGUCGUGAGUGUGUAAACUGCGGCUCCAUCUCCACUCCUUUGUGGCGACGAGACGGUACCGGGCACUACCUGUGCAAUGCCUGUGGCCUGUACCACAAGAUGAACGGAAUCAACAGGCCGCUCAUCAAACCACAGAAACGCCUGCAGACCACAUCUCGCCGGGCUGGCCUGUGCUGCACUAACUGCCUCACCAGCACGACUACGCUGUGGCGUCGCAACGCAGAGGGAGAGCCUGUCUGCAACGCCUGUGGCCUGUACAUGAAACUACAUGGGAUUCUACCCAACAUGCCUCCUCACUCCUACGCCGGGAAGACCGUAGCCUCUGUGUCGCCAGACCUUAUCAUUGUGGUCCGUCAUUUAAAUAUCCCAUUCUAUUCUUUGAAGGCUUCAUCACAUCUGGACAGUUCAGGACAUGUCGACAUCAAAUACGAGAACUACCCCUUUACGCCCACGUCCAUCGCCCCACAGAACUCCUGGUGUGCUCUGUCUCAGGCAUGAGCUUGACCGCAGCUCACCGUGUUCUGAUUCUGGACCCAGCUCAGCUCACUGUGGAUAAUAUAGACUUGUGACARGAACUACCUAUUAUAGACUUACUCUCUUUCCCAUGGCUGGAGGGAGGAAAAAACAGAAGGAAGCGACGGCAAUCAAGUGGAAUGUAUAGAAAUAACUUUUUACUGGCUACUAUCAAUACUAUUUCUAGUUGUAGUUUUUGUUGUGGUUGUCUUUGUUGUUGUUGUCAUUAUUGAUAUUUUUCUAAUAUCACCAUCACAGUUUUACGUGGUAUUUCAGCCGAUAACCAGAAACAGUUCAACAAGUUAUCACGGAGUGUUAUUCACAAAUCCAGAAGGACAAAACACGCAAGUGUUUUAUUACCUCUGAACAUGUUUCAUUACUAGCGUGUAGAUGAUUAACUUCUAUAUACAUUAUUUAUGUURAGAUAAGAACAGUCAUGAAMCUCCAAAGCCAACAUGUCAUAUCCCAGAAGUCCAUUCCCUUCUAGAAUGCCUUGUGUGUUCAAGGUAUGAAAUCUAAAAUAGAAAGAAUACAUUUACAUGUGCUUUCUAUGUAAUGAAUUGCAUAGUUGUUCAUUURACAAACGAUGCAUAUAUUUACACAGAUACUGUAUAUACUGUAUAUGUUAUCAGAUAUGUUGAAAGUGCAUAAACACUUUUUUAUUUUAGAUGUCAUAAUUGUGUACUUGAAUUAGUUUUCAUUUUUUCCAAGACCCCUGUUCUAUUAGUUCCGCUUUUGACAAUGUGCUGUCUGCUCAUUUAAAGUGCAAUGACUUAAUUUAAAAAAAAAUAAAGACAAAGAAAAAUACUUUUAUUUUAAUUGUUUUGAAUACGUUCAUCUAAUUUUAUUUGCUGUGUUUUUGUUGRAAUAUAAGGGAAUUCUAUUGUUACUUUAUAACCUAAAAUUGUUCAGAGACUUGAGUCUACUUUAGUUGUUUAACCAAGUCUGAUAGUCUCGUUGGUUUUGCAAUGCUCUUUGAAAUCUGUUUAGUUUAAUAAACCGAUAAAUUAAUUGUU